UGGAGUUCAAAGUUCAUUGUCCCUUGGGACAACAUUCCAAGAUGGCUGCCAUUUGAAACAAACGAUUUGAAAUCACCAAGGAAACGAACGACUUUUACCUCAGAAAAUUUGUUGUCAAAGCUCUGAGACAUGGAGAGCACCAGUGAGACCCUGAAGCAGCAGUUUGCUUCCCUCCAAGAACAGCAGAAGAAGAAGAUGCAGAGACUGAAGGAGAGGAAAGAACAGCUGAAGAAGGAGCAGGAGAAGGGAGAUGAUGAGAAGCCGUUCCAGGCCAGUAUGUAUGUGGAGGAUGACAUGGGACUGCAGUUGAGUGGACCUCCUGCAAAGAAUGACAUUAUGUAUGCAGAAGAACAGAUGUCAAAUCUAAAAGACCAAGUCAGAGAGCUGAGAGAUGAAAAUGGCCGACUGUACAAACUCCUGUCAGAGCGGGACUACGAAGUUCGUCAGGUCAGAAAGAAGAUGGAGAAAGAGCGCGCUCUUCUUACGGGUAGUGCAGGUGGUGUGGCCAGUGAAGCAGCGGCCACCAAGAUUGUGGAGCUGUCCAAGAAGAACAGGGAGCUGACAGCAGAGGUGGAGAGUGGGAGAACCAAGAUGACACAACUCACACGUAAGGUGCAGGACCUGGAGAAACAGUUGAAAGCAGCAGUAGCCCAGGCCCGUGCCAGUGCUCGAGAUGAGAAGGCCUCCCCUAGACAGGUCUCUCUCAGUCUGGAGGAGGAAAGGGACUCUGAGGCUGAUGUCAGGGCAAUGAAGGAAAAACUGACUCAGACAACAUCAAAACUACUGGAGACCAAGAAUGAAGUGGCCAUGUUGAAACAAGAGCUGAAAGUGGCCAACAAGGUACUAGAGAAGGAGGUAGGGGAGGGAGUCAACAUCCAAGCCUUACUGAAGGACUCUAGUGGGUUCAGAGGUCGUGCACAGCAGAUUCUCAACUUACAGAAGAAGGUGUCUGAGUUGAAGAGUCAGCUGGGUAUGCAGACUACCCGGUCCGGGUCGGGGCUGAGUCUGGAGGAACAGUUCAUGGGUACCACAACACGAGCCACCAACUACAGCGACAAGAACAGGGACAGGAUCAGGCAGCUGGAGAGGGACAGGAAGGAAGCCUCAGAGAAAGCACAAGCAGAAAAGGCAGCCCUGGAAGCAGACUACAGUAAGCUGAAGGACAGGUGUGAUGCCAGUAAGGCUCGUAACAAGGUCCUGGCUAACGAGGUGAAGUCGUUAAAGGACCAGCUGGCCGUGCUGUUGGACAAGGGGAAGAACGACGAUGAACUCAUCACUGCACUCAUGAAUCAACAAGAGCAGAUGCAGAAGUUACUGGAACAAACGACAAAGAAACAACAAGAAUACCAACAACAACAGCAGGCUGAAGUCACCCAGAUCAUCACCAAAAACAUGCAAGAUCAGAACAUCGUGGACCAACUCAAGGCCAUAGUGGCACAGAAGGAGGGGCAGGUUAAGGCACUGGAGGAGGAGAUCAGAGGAAUCAGGGACCACAGAAUGGCGGCCAUGCAGGGGGGACAUGUCAGCCCUGUCAGGCGCCCGCCCUCCAGGUCAACGCCCUCUGAUCUCCAUGGUAACCGCCCACCCUCUGCCCACCAUGGUCUUGGUAGCUCCAUGUCAUCCCAUUCCCAUGGCAACGACAUCAGACCUACCUCAUCAGAGGCCUUCUAUCUAAACACACAGAACCAGAAUGGACGAGGCAGUAGGAAUGGAGUUGCAAGCCCUGCUAGGUCUGGUAGUGCACAGGCAAUCAGGGGAGCAACGGUUAUCAGACCUGCUACAGACAGUGAGUUGAAGGUAAAAGACAUAGAGAUCCAGCUGCAAGAACAGAGAACAGUUUGCCAGGCUGCUCAGGUGGAGAGAGACAAACUCAUAGAGCUGGUACAGGUGCUGCACAACAGACUGGAUGAAGCAGAGCAAAAAGCAACAGAAGCAGACAGUCAGCUGUCACAGCAUAGACAGCGCAAUGUACAGCUAGAGAAACAGCUAGGGAAAGCCAAGCUUGAAAACAAAGGCUCUCCCAAGAAGGGAAGAUCAACAGUUCGAGACUCAGUCGGACAGGGCGACUUCAAGCCAGGUCUGGAAGAUCUUGAAGAGAUGGAGGUCCAACUGUCCAUCCAACGGGACGAAAACGAAGCCCUUAAAGCAGCUCUGCAGAGCACACUGAAGGCAAAGGAAGAAGACUUGAAGUUUUACCGGACAAUCAUGGACCAAACCAAGCAGAUUUUCUUGCAGGGACUCCGAGAACACAGACAAAGAGGCACCACUUCUUAAAGACAGCCAAUGAGCACGUCAGCAGAACGUACUGCGCCUGGGCAAAACCCUGAUAUUUUACGGUUUUCAUUGGAUUUUUGGUCAACUGUCCGCAUUAGAAUUUUGCAGAGGAUAUCUUUUCUGACAUAACAUUUGGAAACUACAGACGGGAUGUUAACCUUUUAUGCAAGAAUAUAAGACCUUCUACCAAAGUGGUAUGCACAAUGAAUUACGGGUUUUGCGCAGUUGCAAUAUGUUCUGCCGACAUACUCAUCCAAUGCAAUUUCAGGAAAGUAAAACUGGACAUUUCAAUGUCAUUCUUUUAAUGUAGGGAGUUGUAUCAAUCCUAUCCCGUAGCAUACUGAUAUGAGGCAACAAUGCAAUGUCACAUUGACUGUAGGCUGGCUCCAGCUAUUUAUGAGUGGUACCCAUGAAUUAAGGGACUCCUCUCAUAGCUUGGUUU